CUCCCUCCCGCGUCUGUCUCCUCCACGUGGGGACGCAGGAUGGCGGCGGCAGUGGCGGACGAGGCGGCGGCGCGCGACGUGCAGCGGCUGCUAGUGCAGUUCCAGGAUGAGGGCGGGCAGCUGCUGGGCUCCCCGUUCGACGUGCCCGUGGACAUCACCCCGGACAAACUGCAGCUCAUCUGCAACGCGCUGCUGGCCCAGGAGGAUCCCCUGCCACUGGCUUUCUAUGUCCACGAUGCUGAGAUCGUGUCCUCACUGGGGAGGACGCUGGAGUCCCAGGCGGUGGAGACUGAGAAGGUCCUCGACAUCAUUUACCAGCCACAGGCUGUCUUCAAGGUCCGCGCUGUGACCCGCUGCACCAGCUCCUUGGAGGGCCACAGCGAGGCGGUCAUUUCUGUGGCCUUCAGCCCCACCGGAAAGUACCUGGCCAGCGGCUCCGGAGACACCACUGUGCGCUUCUGGGACCUCAGCACCGAGACACCGCAUUUCACAUGCCAGGGACACAGACACUGGGUCCUCAGCAUAUCCUGGUCCCCCGACGGCAAGAAGCUGGCCUCAGGCUGCAAGAAUGGCCAGAUUCUCCUGUGGGACCCAAACACAGGGAAGCAGGUGGGCAGGACCCUCGCCGGCCAUAGCAAGUGGAUCACGGGCCUGAGCUGGGAGCCCCUCCAUGUGAACCCCGAGUGCCGCUACGUGGCCAGCAGCUCCAAGGACGGCAGCGUGCGGGUCUGGGACACGACCUCGGGCCGCUGUGAGCGCAUCCUCACCGGGCACACCCAGUCGGUCACCUGCCUUCGGUGGGGAGGAGACGGGCUUCUCUACUCUGCCUCGCAGGACCGCACCAUCAAAGUCUGGAGGGCUCACGACGGUGUGCUCUGCCGGACUCUGCAAGGCCACGGCCACUGGGUGAAUACCAUGGCCCUCAGCACGGACUAUGCCCUGCGCACAGGGGCCUUUGAGCCAGCUGAGGCCUCGAUUAACCCCCAAGACCUCCAGGGGUCCUUGCAGGAGUUAAAGGAGAGGGCCCUGAGCCGGUAUAACCUUGUGCGGGGCCAGGGCCCAGAGAGGCUGGUGUCUGGCUCAGACGACUUCACCUUAUUCCUGUGGUCCCCAGCAGAGGACAAGAAGCCCCUCGCACGGAUGACGGGACACCAGGCCCUCAUCAACCAGGUGCUCUUCUCCCCUGACUCCCGCGUGGUCGCCAGCGCCUCCUUCGACAAGUCCGUCAAGCUGUGGGACGGCAGGACGGGCAAGUGAGUGGAGGGGUGGGAGGGAGAAGGCCACCGUUGCUCCGAAGGACCUGGUUCUGCCACUGGCUGGUUGUGUGGCAAGUGUCUGGAUUUCCUGAGCCUCUGUUUCCUCCUCUUUAAUAAGAAGACACCUGACCCGUCAGCCUUGUUACAAGGUUUGAAUGAGAUGGUAUGUUUAGCAGCAGCGUUAAGUAGGCACUGAAAUGCUAGUUCAUGCCACAUCUAAGGAGAGAAAUGAGCUUAACACUGGCCUUCCUCCAAGUGUGGCCCAGAGACUAGUGGCAGCAGUAACAUCUGGGAAUUUGAUAGAAAUUCAGAAUCUCGGGAUCUUAUCGAUCAGAAUUUUAAAUUAAUUUUCCAAUUAUAUUUGGCAUAUAGUAUGAGAUUCGUUUCAGGUGUACAGCACUGUGAUUAGACAUUUAGAUACCUUACGAGGUAACCACUCAGUACGUCUAGUACCCACCUGACACCAUACGUGGUUAUUACAAUAUUAUUGACUAUGUUCCCGUUACUAUACUUUACAUCCCCAUGACUGUUUUGUAAAUCAAUUUGUUCUCUAUCUGAGUUUGUUUUGUUUGUUCAUUUAUUUUGUUUUUUAGAUCCCACAUAUAAGUGAAAUCAUAUGGUAUUUGUCUCUCUCUGACUUAUUUCACUUAGCAUAAUACCCUCUAGGUCCAUCCAUGUUGUCACAAAUGUCAAGAUUCCAUUCUUUUUUAUGGCUGAGUAAUAUUCCACCAUGUGUGUGUGUGUAUGUGUGUGUGUGUGUAUCCCAUUUUCUAACCUGUUUUCUAUCAAUGGAUGUUUAAGUUGUUUCCAUAUCUUGGCUAUUGUAACUAAUGCUGCAGUGAGCAUGGAGAUGCAUAUAUCUUUUAGAAUUAGUGUUUUGGAUUUCUUGGGAUAAAAACCCAGAUGUAGAAAUACUGGGUCAUAUGGCAGUUUUAUUUGUAGUUGUUUGAAGAACCUUCACACUGUUUUCUGUAGAGGCUGAACCAAUUUACAUUCCCACCAACAGUGCAUGAGAGUUCCCUUUUCUCCACAUCCUCACCACACUUGUUUGUUGACUUAUUGAUGAUCGCCACAGCAUCUGCAUUUUAAUAAGGCCACCAAGUGAUUCUGCUUGUCGCUGAGUCUGAGAAGCACCGUGUAAUGAGGCACAGUGCCCUUGGGGUUAAAUUGUUUGGAGGAGAGGCAAGGGCAUGGGCAGGAAG